UGAUUUACGCAGUUGGCCCUUGGUUGUCGAUGAUCGCAGUGUAUAUGAUUCGCGCUUUUGUUUACCUCUGUCUCCUUCAAGCGGAGAUAUGGGGCGUCACUCUGCCCUCGAAGGAAAUGGUGGUGUACCCCACACUACUAGAAGGCCGGGACGCCGAUGGAAGAAAGAUGCUGAAAAUAACGGAUGACCUGACCCUUAACUUAGAGAGCAGCAGUGUCUUUUCUGAUGAGUUUUUGCUGAUUACUACGAUGGAUGACGGUCAAACAGUGAAGGAAACCGUGAAUGCUGAGGAGUACGAAGAAAACCUCUAUCACGACAACGACAACAUGGCUUCCGUGAUGGUAACGCAAGACAUGGGGGCCGUAAGAGUUGAUGGUGUUAUUGCUGAAACAUUUCGCAUCAAGCCUCUUGUGAGUUCAGAAAGGUCUUCUGAAGGUCACAUCGCUCAUUUGGUAUCCAAGAUUCAAAUGAGGAAACCGUUUGCUGCGCGUAUGUCAGAAAGAAGUGGAGACAGUAAUCAAGGUGUUCAGAUGUUGUCUGCUUCCGUUUUGGAGGAACGAGACGAUGAAGUAAUGUACGUUGAGACACACAUAGUUGUUGAAAAGACUCACGGGGCGAGGUUCAAGCACAACGAAAAGAAGAUUUUAACUUACCUCGCCACGUUAACCAAUGCUGUAAAUCUGAGGUACAGUUUAAUGAAGAAUCCAGGUGUAAAGGUCCUCAUCGUGGGAGUCACCAUACAAAAAGGGGAAGAGCCUUACCUGGACAGGGAUCCAUACAAUUCAAAAGUCAUACAACCAAUGGAGACGGUAAAAAAACUCGAUAAGUACAUGAAGGAAAAGGAGGAGUACAAGAGAGCAGACUUUAUAAUGCUGAUCACCUGUUUGGACAUUGGCGAAUACGAAGGCGACUCCACAUCCGGGUUCACGAUGUUCGGUAGAGUGUGUAAGGAGUAUAAAACGGGAAGCUUUGAGGAUGAACCGGAUACCUACGACGCUACCUAUAUCUUCGCUCACGAACUGGCUCACGGGCUCGGUGUGGUGCACGAUGGUGACGGCCCGGAUAGUGACGUGAAAGAUCACCCUGGUGCCUCCGGGUGUAGUUACUAUGACGGCUACAUCAUGGGUGAAUACAGCUUCAACCUGGCCCACUAUCGGUUUUCUGAAUGCUCAGUGAAACAAAUCCAGAACACCUACAAAUUAGAAGAGGAAUACAAGUGCCUUCACGAGAAGAACAGAAACACGACAAUCAAGCGGUCUUACAAAUAUCCGGGUGAAGUAGUAUCUCUCGACAAGAUGUGCAAAAUUGAUUUGAAGCACUUGAACCGUGAUUACCGCUAUGACCAGGAAGCGGGAGUGUCUUCUAAUUGCGAAAUCAACUGCAUAGCGGAAGAGGAGAAUGGCUACACCUUCUAUGCGACGGCCAGCGCUCUCGAUGGUCAUCCGUGCGACGGCAAAGAGUUCAAGGAGAGCAAAAAGGCCUGCUUCAACGGAGAAUGUGUCGAUUCUGCUAAGUACAAGGAACUGAUUCAGAAGAAAAAUAAGAAGAAUAAGAAGAAGAAUAAGGAACUGAUUCCGAAGAAGAAACCUUAGAGCCUUGUGUAGAUGAUCAAAGUGACAUUAAAUACAUCUCUGUG